ACCUAGCUUACCGAGUCUCUUUCAUGCCGCCUCACAAUGCCUCGCAGAGGUUCAGUCAGAAGAGGCGAGCGUACAUUAUGCGAUGCUCUACUUUCGGACGAGGCCACUGCCUGCACUGCGGUCGCCAUGCAUCGAUCAUCACGCUGCCCCGAACAUGAGAGGGAGUUCAAAGCAGUCCUACGGGAAUACAAAUCCAACGGCGAGAUCGUCAAGUCACUACAAUCGCUUGCAAUCUUGACCGCGAAGGAGAUUCAUGCCUUGAAUUCUUUUUGCGAGGUGUCUGAAGCUAUUGGACGCAUAGAGCAGUACAUUCAAGCCUUAACUCAUGAGAUAGAAGGGAGGAGGACCCACCAAAUUCGCUUCUUUCGAGUCGAGGACCAUGACGAGGGACAUAAUCUUCGAAUUCAGAAACAGGAAAACAAGAGAAGACACGCACAUACUAUUCGUGAGAAGCUAAUCCUGAGACAAACCUCGAUAAGCGACUCAAAGCGAAUUGCAAGCGAGGUUCAAUACGGAAAACAGGUAGAGAUCGUGCGCGAGAAACAGAAGGAAGAGAUCCGGAAGCAACGUGAGCGGGAGUGGAGAGAAUGGCAGCGGCAGCCGGCUAUGAACCAGACUCGAUACGAGGCUGAAUAUCGUAAAGAGCAGUUGAAACGCCAACAAUGUUCGUACCAGCGAGAAGAAGCACUCGCAAGAGAGGGUGCGAUCCGCCGCCAGUGGACUCCAAGCUAUGGCGAUGACCCCAAGCCAGAGCCAAACUCGGAACCCGAAGGCGAAACAUUGUCGUCUCGAUUGUUGCGAUAUGCGAUGACUGGAAUAAAGCUAUAUGCCGCAUACAAGGCGAUAUCUUGGGUACGCCGACUUUAGAAAUGAAGUGUACGCUACUUGUACGGGAUGCCUAUGAAGAACAGCGUUAUAGCACUCCCUCUCAUAUGACUUUGGGAAGUGCUUACCGUUCUGAAGCUGUAAAACAUGCAUCAUCAGUAACCAAACAGAAUAUUGUAAUAAAUUCACGUACACGC